CUGGUAUUCGACCCAAACUCGCUGCCAAUAUCCCAGCUCGAGUCGCUGAAGUUCAAGGCAAACCAGAUCAUCGAGUCCAUCCAAACCCUGCAGCGAACCCUCGAAGCAGGCGGCCAGAAUGUGAUGGCACCGUGGCCCGACAUUUUGUCCAAGUACAAUCUCAUACUCUCCCAGACCCACAGCUUCUACUCGUCUCUCACAUCAUCGCUGUCUGCCGCCUCUCAGCCUAAUUCUUCCUCGCAGACACAACAGACAAAGAGUCCGUAUGAGAAGAUUGCACUCCAUCCUAGCGUGGCCAUGACGGAUAUCCAGUUCGACACCGAAAUCAUCCCACUCCUCCGCAACCAGCAGACUACAGACGUUCUUCAGCAGGAGACCGCUACCGUGCGUCGUCUCGCGGAGUGCAUGGUCACGCGUGGAGCACUCGCGAUCAGUGGCGGCGACGUGCAAAACCAAAGUAGUCAGCCUGCUGCACCUAGCUCAGGCGUCGCCAGAACCCACCGAGCUACAAACGACGAUGUUCUUCGCGAGUGUGCCGAAAUACGCGAGGCUCACGACCAUCGUACAGAACGUGCGGUUCGCGCAGUUCUCAUGCUCCGCGAUAAAUACGAGUGGAAGCAACGUGUCGCUGUUGAGGUGGAGGAACCGGAUGAGCUUCAGUGGGAUCCACGUAUGGCUCAACAAGCCAUGGAUGUCGUCAAUGGUGCUGAGGUCGAGCAAGACGCAGAUAUUGAUGCAGAUGAGGGACAAAGCAGCGAUGAGGAAGAAGUGGUCGAGGGUGAACUUACUGGAGAUGAUGGUCAAACCCCA